AGAUGCACUAGGUAUAACUAGGCGUUAUCUCAUUGAUUUGGGGAGCAUUACCAGAACAGAAAACGAGUCUUUAUUGUUUGUCGUUAACGCUAGCUUGUGACACAAGGAAAGGUGAAGAAUAACAGGUUUUGUGUUGUCUAUUUUCGUACAGCAUCAUCAAGUUCGUAUAAAAAAAAAUACUGUUCAAAAUGACUGAAGUUCAAGAGAAACAGAAAACCGCUUCUGUAUACAAAAAUGGCGUGGUUGCUUCGGAAAUGUCUACUGUGGAGGAUAUGUUUGACGAAACAUAUAAGGAAAAAGAAGGUCCAAAACCCCCAAAGCAGAUAGUAUGGAGAAAUGUUGUCUUGAUGCUUUCAUUGCAUGCAGGAGCCGUGUACGGACUUACACUCGUACCUUAUACGUCUGCUUCAACCUUGGCGUGGACUGCUGUGUGCUUUUUGUUUAGUGCGUUGGGAGUAACAGCUGGAGCCCACCGUCUUUGGAGUCACAGGUCCUACAAGGCCAAACUGCCUCUGCGGAUCUUCCUGGCUUUUGCCAAUUCCAUGGCUUUUCAGAAUGAUAUCUACGAGUGGGCUCGGGACCACAGAGUUCAUCAUAAGUUCUCGGAGACUGAUGCCGACCCCCAUAAUGCCGCCCGUGGGUUUUUCUUCAGUCAUAUUGGCUGGCUUCUAGUGCGCAAGCACCCAGAUGUGAUUGAGAAGGGGAAGAAGUUGGAACUAGCAGACCUGAAGGCUGAUAAAGUUGUAAUGUUUCAAAGAAAAUACUACAAGCCCUCUGUUCUGAUUAUGUGCUUCAUGGUUCCCAUGAUGGUGCCCUGGUACCUGUGGGGAGAGUCUCUGUGGGUUGGUUACUUUAUUCCUGGGCUCCUGAGGUAUGCUCUGGUUCUCAACGCAACUUGGCUGGUGAAUAGCGCCGCUCACAUGUGGGGGAACAGGCCAUAUGACGCUACCAUCAACCCAAGAGAGAACAGAUUUGUCGCAUUCAGUGCCAUUGGGGAAGGAUUCCACAACUACCACCACACAUUCCCUUUUGAUUAUGCUACAAGUGAGUUUGGCUGGAAACUGAACUUCACCACUUGCUUCAUUGACCUAAUGUGCUUCGUGGGCCUGGCCAAGGACUGCAAGAAAGUGCCACGUGAAGUCAUCCAGGCUCGUGUACAGCGCACAGGGAUCCAGAGGAGUGGCUGAGGAAUAUGAAAACUGCAGGAAACAAAACGGUCAAUGUUGCUUCUUGGGAGGGUUGCUCUUUUGUGAAAUUGCCAAUGUUCAUCCCUAGUAAAAUGAGAAAUCAUUAAUGCCAGUUCUGUAAAAUUAAUACCAAGCUUUAAAUUUGUUUUCAUUUUUUUGUUUUUUGGUAAUGCAGGAACAGAACCCAUGUGGUUGGGAGAGAGAGAGAGAACACAUUGUCCUCAUGCCUGUAUGAGCAGACUCUAAAGGCAGAGAUUCCUGAAAAUGUAGUCAUAAUUGAGAUUAGAUUUAGAAGGAAAUCUCUCAAAGGCAAAUUUAAACACAGAACAAAACAGAGUGGCUCUUCGAUGAGGGAUGGGCAACAAACAUGUUUGUCAAGCUAAAGAAGUCCAGAGCAAUUUUGUCAAGACUAUCAAAGCUCAUUAAAGAUUCACAGUGAAAUACUGUAACCAUUCAUUUAAAAAAAAAAAAAAAAGCAUACAAGAAAAUAUGGGUGGGAUCAGUAGCCUGACCUGAUUUUGACCCUACAAGAUAGGUCGCAACAAAAUGAAAACACCAAUAAACCAUGUUAGUUAUAGGAACAGUAUUCAAAUAUUGGGUUUAAAAAAAAAAAAAAAAAAAAUCAAUGCUACUGUACUGUCUUGCACUUCCUGUUUAAAAGCAUUGUAUUGCUUCUAAACUGACGGGCCUGUCCCAAGUUUAAAAAAAAAAAAAAAACACCAACUUGUACUCCUAAUGAAUAGGCUAUUUAUCUUUUUUUAAAACCAAGAUUGAAGAGGGGGGGGGGGGGGACUCUGUUUAGAGUAAACAAAUGUUUACAUGGAAAAAGCUUGACAAGCAGUAUUUUGUUCAGGGCCCUUGAAUAAACAUGCAAUUAAUCCACUGUGUAUGUGGUGUAUUGUGAUUUACAGUGCAUGCAAAGGGAUAUUAUUGAAAUGUUCUAAUCUUGAAGUGAUACUCUAUCUAGUGUGGUUUUUUUUUAUUUAUAUAUGAAAGGGUCAAAUGGAAAAACAGAUUUGAAAUCCAAUCUUAUGUCAGUUUUGCCUUUCAAUGAGAGACUGCCCAUUGAUUGACACUACUGUACAUGUCCUUUCAGACUAGUGUAUGUCAUUGGCCACUCUCUUGAGAUGGGUCGGUGAACUCGUAAUGUGAAAUUUUGGAAGUGGCUGGAGGAAAGAGGGACGUACAAAUAAAGGUUUCCACUCCUGUUGAUUUUUAAUGGGACGUUUAUUUAGCCAUACUUGCUUUUCAGUAAACGAAACAAACUGGGAAUUGAGAGCACCUCUCCUUUCCGGAGGAUUUUCUAAAUCGAAAUCAAUCGGGAAGCUGUGCUGAAUGACUAACUAUUCCAUUCCCGGUCCUGCUUUCUUUCAGUGACGUUGCAAGCCAGUUUCCCAUGGAAAUGAAGGGCACAUUACAGAAGCUUUACCAUACUGCAGAAGUGGAGGGGGGGGACAGUGUGUUAUGGAAAGAAUGGGUGUUUUCUGGCUUCUGUGUUGAACUUAAUUGGAGGUGCCAGCCUUGAGUCGGAUUCCUUGAAAACAAAAUUGUAACAAAUGACUCAAAAUAUAUGGUUGGCAUUUCUGCUUAAAAAUAAGUGCAAAACAGGAUGCUUCAUCAAUGACUGUCUUGCUAAUUUGCAGAUAACUGAGGUCUAACCGUCGCACUCAAACUCCAAAACAACCAGCUCAUUAGAUAGCGUCCUUCACGAUUUUCAUAAUUUUGGAAGAAUAUCAGACUCUUGGUGGUAGUCAGAGCUCCAGAUAAGCUGAGUACUGGGUGUUUUACACAUUGAAAAAAUAUACAAGUUUUUUGUACAAUAGUUCAAAGUAACAUUACAGUUAAUGUAAGGCUGUAGUUAAUGCUUGUUCCAUACUUUGGCGUUAAAGUACAGUGUUAGAAGUUGUCAUGACUUCAAGGUAAUGUUGUAUUUUACUUGCAGUGUCUGAAUUGGAGAGUAAAUUACUCAAUGACCCAAAACCCUAUCUGGAGCGCUGUUAAUGGUCUGUUCAAUUCUGUGUACUGUAGCUUUACAUUCAGAAAUAUUUGGUAUUAAACAAAUUUGUUUUUGAGUUA